AUGUACAGAACAUCCGACAGUCGCUCCAUCGAUUCAGAACCAACCGUCACCAUCACCCCAAGCCCAGUGAACGAUAUAUCUAAUGACAUCCUUGAGAUCAUGCACGAACAUGCACUCAACAAAUUCAAUGACUCCAGGGAGCGAUUAGCUGCUGGGAGGGAACAUCUUUUGUCGAGAAUUGACGCUUUUGUUCAAGCAGGUCAACGUGUCGAAGCAUGUUUGCCAGCGUUCCCUUUCAAGUCAGCCAACAAAGUCUACAAAGUGCUUGGCACUCUCCCGGACAAAGCUGAAGAGUUGGCUCUUGAGAGACUGCACAGCAUGUGUACAAGAAUCAAGCAAAUCUACAAGCCUGGAGCAAGAGUAACGAUCAUCUCAGACGGCAUUACAUACAAUGACCUACUAUCGAUAUCAGAUCGUGAUACCUGGGCUUACGGAGAGGCCCUACGAGAGAUGGUUUUGGAAAAGAAGUUUACUUCUAUUGCGUUCUCCCGGUUACGAGACUUACUGGACUUUCCGCUGCCAGAAAAGAUGCGAGAAAUCACAUAUGUUGCCAACUGCACAAACUUCAGGCGGUUACUCUUGAAUGAGUUUGGAAGGCCGGAUAUCGACAUUGACAAGGAAAUCACAAUCAAUCCAGAUACAAAACUGACAUAUCUCGGCUACCGCAAAUUUCUAGAGUCAGACUUAAAACACAUAUUCAACACUGGAGAGACCCGUGGCCGCAACCAAUACAAGAGAGACGUCAAGUAUCUCGCAAAAGAGAUGCUUAUGAGAGGCUAUGCAUUUGCUGGAGCAGUGAAGAAAGCGUUCCCGAACCACGUCAGACUGUCGAUACACGAAUCGAUUGGAGAACAUAAACUGUCGAUAAGCCUCUUGAACACAAGGACUGGUUAUACUACGCCAUGGCACUGCACCGUCGCUCAGCUAGCCAACGGAGAGUGGGUUAGCGCCCCCAUGGGAGAAUUCCAGCAGGAUCCACGUCUUGAGCUGGUCUACGAGAAUGGCCGACCCAGCUAUUUCAAAGAACAGUCACAAACAGCAGAAUUUGCCGAGAUCAACGAGACAACGGCAAGCUAUCUUCAGGCUCCGAAGCUUUUUGACGGCACCAAGAGUGGGUAUUCUUCCCCGAGCGCGAUGUCAUUGCGAAGUGGCUUCUCGACUCCGCCUACAUCUCAUGUUCAUUCACCGCGCAUUUCCUGGAGUGAAUCUAGCGAUAACGUCAAACCUACUCAGGCUCUAUCGCUCAGCGAUGCUGAUGAGAUAUCGUACGGGCGAAGACUUAUCCCUCAAAUCAUGGACCAACUAGCAACAGUAGACCCUGAACGCAUUAUCUUCUCUAUUGCAAGCGCGUCAAACGAAUCCCUAGAGUUCAAAGAAAUAUCUGCGAAAGCUUUUGUAGAAGCUGUUGACAAGACAGCUUGGUGGCUUCAAGAACAGGUUGGGCAGUCAGCAUCGGUCCAGCCUAUUGGCUACAUCGGCCCCCAUGAUCUACGUCACAUUCUAAUUACUUAUGCUUGCGUCAAAGUGGGUUAUGCUGCCCUUUACCUUUCUCCUAAGAACAGUACCGAAGGAGCAUUGGCCGUGCUAGAAGCAACUCAGUGCCAAAUCUGGGCCAAAGCAAGCGAAGUAGCAAUGGUACCUCUUGUCGAAGAUGUCCUGCAGAAACGUCAGAUGAAGUUACUCGAAAUUCCACUACUUGAUCACCUCUUGGACGCAAAGGGUACCAAGCCAUUUCCCUACACGAAGACUUUUAAUGUGGCUUCCACUGAACCUUUCUGUUAUCUCCACACGUCAGGUUCCACAGGCGUUCCAAAGCCCAUUCCAUGGACUCACGGACUCAUUGGAACAAUGGAUGCAGUCCGUUUGCUGCCGCCGGUUGAUGGCAUGGUCCCUUGGACUGCUGACUGGAAGGAGGGCGACUCGAUAUACUCAUCUUUUCCCAUGUGUCAUGGCGCCGGAAUCAUUAUGGACAUUCUGAUGCCCGCCCUCUUUGGCCUUCACUGCGUCCUUGGGCCAGCUGGUGUCAUCCCAAAUAUCUCACUGAUUGAGAAGCUCGUUGAAACCUCCAGAAUCAACAUAUGGAGCAUGGUUCCUUCGCUUGUCGAUGAGCUCGGAGAGACACCGGAUGUGUUGGCCAAGUUCCAGUCAUCACCGUCCAAGUUUAUCUGCGCAUCUGGCGGUCCGGUCACCCUCUCGAGUGCUGGGAAGGUCAACAACGUCAUCAGAGUACUUAACCUUACUGGAACGACAGAAGGGCUUUUCAUCGGCAACCUUGUGGUAGAUAGAGAGGACUGGUCUUGGUUCGCUUUUCACCCUUACUCUGGAUUUGAGUUCAAGGAAGUAGAACCAGGGGUCUUUGAGCACUGGGUAUACCGCAAUGAGCAUGCAUCCUUGUUCCAGGGCAUCUUUCAUACAUUCCCCGACAAGUCCUUUGUAAAUUUCAAGGAUCUGUACCGACGGCAUCCAGAGAAGCCAAAUCUGUGGGCCUUCAAUGGUCGUAACGACGACCUGAUCAUCUUAUCUAACGGAUACAAGAUCUUGCCCCUUGAAAUUGAGGCUCUCAUUGGCACGCAUCCUGCGAUCAAUGGAUGUCUGGUUGUGGGCAGCAACAAGGCUCAAGCUGGACUCCUCAUAGAGUUGAAGGACCCUCUUUCAAAGAACGAAGAAAUGACAGAGAGUAUCUGGUCUCAUAUUGAGACAUCCAUGUCAUCGUCGCGGCUUACCGUGAAAUUAUCACGAGACUAUGUUGCUUUUGCUCAACCGGACAAGCCGUUUGUUCGUACUGACAAAGGCACGGUCAAGCGCAAAGCUACCUUGGUUCUCUAUGAAGACUACAUUGAGAGAUUCUAUAACUCUCGGGAACAGGAGACUAGCUUCAUAGUUGAUACCAGUUCUACAGCGGCCAUGCAGAAUUCCAUUCGAGAAAUUCUUGCGUCGUCUCAACCCGCCGUUCGUGACGCUUCUGCCGACGAUGACUUGUUUACACUUGGUCUCGACUCGCUUGGAGUGUCAGCAGCCGUCAAUGCGAUCCGAGCAGCGACCAAGAGCUUGAGCAAACUCGCUCCCCGCCAUCUCUAUGCAAACCCUACCCUAGCAAGGUUCAACGCUGCGCUUGAGUCAAUGAUAGCUGAAGAAGAAGGCACUACCGUUGCGAAGCGGCAGGUGCAUAGUCAACAAGCAAAGAUGCAACAGUUGCUCACGCGGCGUAAAGCGCAUCAGUCUUUCAGACUUAAUCCUUUCGACUACGUCAAUCCCAAUCACUACAUGGGACUCAUGUUCUACUUCCCUCUUCGCGCAGAUGCAGUCUUCGAGGAGACUUUUGCCAAUCUGCAGGCGGGACUCGACAAGACACUGGAGCUUAUCCCUGCUCUUGGAGGUAAAAUGAUUGAAUGCUCAGAGCAAGAAGUUGGCUUCACAAAAGGUGAUCUAUGCGUUUCAGUACCACCUUUUGGCUCUCCAGCACGUCAACGUCUAGUGUUCAAGGAUCUGAGCAACGAGCUUCCAUCUUUCGAGACUCUGCGAGAUGGCGGAUUUGUACCUUCCGCCUUCAAGGAUGAGCAGGUGUUGAGGCAGGAUACCUUCCCACAGCUACCCGCAGACAUACUUGUUGCGCAAGCCAACUUUGUCAAGGGUGGAUGCAUUCUGGCUGUCGAUCUGAAUCAUUGCUGCCUAGACGGAGUUGGAGCCGUCCUUGCUGUCAAAACAUGGGCUGAGAACUGUAAGAAUCUGCAAGGGGAUGGCUCGGCCUCCUGCGACUGGUUCGAUGCAGAGAGUUUCAAUCACAACCUUCCUGAAGUUCUUCAUGAACUGGAGGGAUAUGCGAGACCGGUCAAGGAGAUCGAUCCCAGUGUAUGGAACUUUUUACCGUUUGUUCCAUCAGAUGAAGCUCUCGCGAAGCAUUCUUCAGAACAAACCGCAUCCGGAACAUCGCUGCUCAAAUAUCCCCUACACUCGAUAUGGCCACUGCCCGUCGCAGAGCGGAAGCUGGAAACGACUUUGUUUCUCAUUCCUCCCGAGAAGGUUCAAUUGUUGAAAGAAGAUGUAGCGAGAGAGUCGGGACUCAGCAGUUCUGUGCCUUCCAUCAGCGACAUUGUUCAAGCAUUCUUCUGGCGCUCAGCACUGAGGGCCCGCUACUCUGUAGCCAAGAACAGUGGUCGGGAAUUUGAUGCUGAUGAGUGCUCGAUCUUGGAGUUGCCCACUGACGGUCGACCAUACUUUUCGUCUUUGCUUCCGUCUACCUAUAUGGGCAGCUUGCUUACGCUCAAUCGCACCAGUAUGCCGAUAGAGAAGCUUUGCAACCAGGGAACCAGUAUUUUGCACAUUGCGCAAGUGUUGCGUAGUUCCGCAGCACGUAUGACGCCUUCGUUGGUACACGACGCUUUCACUCUGCUGCAAUCACUGCCAGAUCACUCGAGGUUUUCUACGGCCAACAUGGGUCUCAACCAUAUGCACGCCAUGAUUUCCAAUAUGAUGCUGUUCCAGAUGAGUGAGAUUGAUUUUGGUGGUCGCUACUUCGCCAACGGCGGCUCUCCAGAGACAAUGAGGCCUCAACUUGAACGAGGCAGUGGACGAUUUAGGUUUUUGGUAGUAUAUCCACUGAAGGCGGAUGGUGGAGUUGAGUUGGCGUUGGGUACUUUCCCUGAGGAACGGGAGAUGCUUGCACGUGACGAGGAGUUCACAAAGUACGCCCAUCUGGUCGACGUGGCCAGAAUGGUGUAUACCUCACCAUCCCCAUUCUACACCGGGGAUUCGCAUUCCUUUUCUUCUUCGAACUCUCGUGCUUCCAUUGAGGAAGAGCCUCUUUUAUCGCCGUCCUCCAACAUGUCUGCGGGUGGUGCGGACGAGACCAAGAAUGGUCGGCCGACAGUUGUCAGUUCGGAGCGACACGAGGCUAACUCGCCUUUCAACGAUGAUAGCACGGAGGAGCAUCCGGAUCGCGAUGCUCAGGCUGGUGUGCAGGCUAUCGAAGCUACGACCAUGGCGUGGACAAAGACGAGUCUUAUCGUUGCGUACAUCAUGCUCUGGCUGAUCUACUUCGUCGAGACACUGCUGGGAGGCACCGCACUUGCCUUGUUGCCAUACGUUACUUCAGCUUUCUUCGCACACUCGCUCACACCCACUGUCAGUAUCUUGAGCAGUGUGAUUGGCGGCGUUACAAACCUUACUAUUGCUAAAGUCAUCGACGUCUUUGGUCGGCCACCCGGUCUCCUCUUUUGUCUGGGCCUCGGAACUAUGGGGUUGAUUAUGAUGGCUGCUUGCAAUGGCUACAUCAUGUCGGUCUUCAUUGCCGAUACGACGAAGCUGAAGAAUCGGGGGUUGAUGCAGGCGCUUAUGAAUACGACGGCGCUGAUAACGGGAUGGAUUGCUGGACCUGUUGCUGAAGGGUUUCUUGGGGGACCGGGAUGGAGAUGGGCUUUUGGCAUGUUCUGCAUCCUUGUACCGGCUGUUGUGCUGCCAUUGUAUGGCCUUCUUCUCGCCAACUACCGCAAGGCACAGCAUCUUGGUCUUAUUCCUGAGCGCAACAGUGGGCGCAGUACGGUGCAGUCCAUCAUGCACUACAGCCGCGAAUUCGACGCUGUCGGUCUCAUUCUGCUCUCAGCUGGUGUCGGUUUGUUCCUCCUACCUUUCAACCUCUACACCACCCAAGGUCGAGGCUGGUCAUCACCGCUAGUCAUAAGCAUGCUCGUUGUCGGCAUCGUCCUCAUGAUCCUCUUCAUCAUCUGGGAACGCUUCUUCGCCCCUGUCUGCUUCCUCCCCUACCGCCUCCUCCGCGACCGCACCGUCCUGGGCGCCUGUCUCCUCUGCACCUCGCUCUUUGCCAGCUACUUCGUCUGGAACAGCUACUUCGGGUCCUACCUGCAAGUUGUCCAAGGUCUCAGCGUGAAAAACGCAAGCUACGUCACUCAAUCCUUCACAGUCCUAAACGUCCUCGUCGCUCUUUCCGCCGGCUACGUAAUCCACCGCACCGGCCACUUCAAACUCAUCUCCAUCGUCGUCGGCUUGCCCCUCAGCAUCCUCGGGCAAGGCCUCAUGAUCCACUUUCUGGCGCCUGGAAAUAUCGGGUAUAUAGUAAUGUGCUUCCUCUUCAUCUCCAUCUCCCAAGGCCUCCUCAUCAUCACCGACGAAAUCGCCAUUCUCUCCGCUGGCUCCCACGACAAUGUCGCGUCCAUGCUCGCCAUCGUCAGUAUCUUCGGUAACAUUGGCGGCGCAAUCGGAUACACCAUUGCUGCAUCUGUCUGGACGGAUGUUCUGCCUUCGCGCCUCAUGCGGUAUCUACCGGAAGACGACUUGCCGAACUUGGUUAUGAUAUACAGUGAUAUCACGACCCAACUGGCUUUUCCAAUGGGGUCCCCCACGCGUCUGGCGAUUCAGCAUGCGUAUCAAGAUGCAUUUACGAGGCUCCUGUCGAUUGCGACGGGGCUGUGGGUCGUGGCUGCGGUGGGGAUUUUCCUGUGGAGGAACAUUAAUGUUAAGGAGAUUAAGCAGAGUAAGGGGCAUGUAUGGUAG